AUGUCAUUGAGUGCAGCUCCCCCGCCGCAGGGCGUGCGCAACGCCUUUGCCACUACAAGCAUUUUUUCUUGCGGCAAGAGGGGAGCCGGAUCCACGCUGAGACCUCGGUACUACGACGCCAACUUGGACUGGGUACCAACUACACCCCUGCGCCAGGCAAUGCGCCGGCUAUACCCGUUUCUAUUGAGUACCUUCCUCUACAUGGAAGCAUGUGGGCAGUACCUGGUGUGGCUGUUGAGCGUAGAUGAUAGUGGUUUUGACGACGCAGAGAACAGGCGGCGCGACCAGCGAAGUCAACAACUGCUUUACGGCGGUCAAAAUAGCGACAGUGAGGAGGAAGCGGAGGAAAUGCGUCUUGUCUUGGAGGCGGGCCGAGGGAGGGCCACUGCGAAAGGCAGUGCGGGUGCGAAGGGUCCGGUGGAGCUUGCUGUCAUAGACAGUCACCGCGGCGACGUUGGUCGCGAGCAUUUUUCUGGCCCUGUGAGGUCGCGGCGUGUUACCCCCCUGUGUGGGUUUCCUCUUGAAGAAAUUUAUGAGGAAGAUUGGAAUUGA